GCAACAACCUUUACUGCACGAGCUAGACCACAUAACGAUUGCAAUCUCCAGUCGUUCACGCACGGAACUCCAUACGUCAUCACAAGUGCAAGAAUAGCACCGAACUGCCCACGAUGCCUUCCAUGGGGACAUACAUCAAGGCCAUCUCAGGAGGCGCGAUCCUGUGCAUAGGCGGACCAGCCUUGGUCAUGUGGGUGACUCCCACAGAGGAAGAGAUAUUCAAGCGUUACAGUCCAGAGCUCCAGAAGAAGGCGCUUGCAAGGAGAGAGCAGACCCAGCAGGACUUUGACAACUUCACAACCCAGCUGAAGGAACUUUCCAAGUCGGAAAAGCCGAUUUGGAUUGCGCAAAAGGAAGCAGACUCGCACCGCUCAGAGACAGAGGCCCAGGCUAAAAGAGACGAGCGUGAUGCUUAUGCAGCAGAGUCCAGGAGACGACAGGCAGAAAUCAGGGCCAGCUCGCAAUGAAGCAGUUUUGCUGCACGAUUGUUCAUCUUUCACUUGUGUAUAAAUAUAGGGACAUUACGGCUACAAAAUGAAUCUACGCUUUCUUCACUCACAGCGA